UGAAGCAGCUUCACUUUUCAGAGCCAGAGGUUACAGCUUGGUCCAGAGUCAGCUUCUGCAGCUAUCAAGUCUUUUCACUCUUCUGUUCAUUUUCUGGACAACAAUGGAGCCCAUCAACCAAAUGUUAGGUAGAUAUAAAAACUAUGUCUUUUACAGACAAACAACUGCAGAGCACGUUGAUUCUCUUCAAAGCUUUGAAGUGAGGGAUAGCGACGUCUACCUCAUCACUUAUCCAAAGUCAGGCACCAUAUGGACUCAGCAGAUCCUCAUCUCCAUUUUUUCGUUGGGCGGAGAUGUGGACGAAUCAAAAAACAACAUGCUACAGAUGCCCUGGCUGGAGAACAUGAAGGAUGAAUUUGGCUACACCAAGCGACCCUCUCCACGGCUCUUCACCUCCCAUCUCACCCCGAUUCUCAUGCCUCCAGGAGUGAAAGACAAGAAGCCAAAGGUCAUCUAUGUGAUGCGGAAUCCCAAGGACAACGUAGUCUCAUAUUAUCACUUCACCAAGGGAUGCUCUCUGCUGCCAGAGGCUGACGGUUUUUCAGAGUAUCUUGAGGACUACCUGAAGGGAAAUGUUAUGGGAUCAUCCUGGUUUGACCACAUCAAGGCGUGGUAUACACAAAAAGACCAAUACGACAUCCUCUUCCUGAACUACGAGGACAUGGUUUUGGACCUGAAGGGAGAAGUGGUGAAAAUCUGCAAUUUCUUGGGUAAAAACCUGAGUGAGGCUGAUAUCCAGAAUGUUGUAGAGAAAGCUGUGUUCAAGAGCAUGAAGACAGACUCAAAAGCCAACUACGAGUUUUUGCAAAAAAGGAAUAUCUCAGCAACUUUCAUGCGCAAAGGUCAGAUUGGUGACUGGAAGAACACUUUAACUGUGAACCAGAGUGAAAGAAUAGAUCAGCUCAUCAAGGAGAAACUCGGGGAUCUACCUCUGAAGUUCAUCUACGAAUAAACAACCACAGCAGAUGUGAUGAGAUAUCAAUGUUCAAAUGUUAAAAAGAUAAAACCUCAAAACUCACUCGCACUGACUUUCACUAUCUCUUAAGUUUACCUGUUAAACUGUGUCUCAACUGUUAAUAUAAAAAGAAAAUUGUUCUGCUUUUUGGAUUUCUGUAUGCAAAAAUAAUGAAAUAAACACAUGUUCAAAUCAGUAA